AUUUUUGGAUUAAAUUUAAUCGUUGGAGUUUGUUGAAGCAAAGUUAAUUAAUUAAUUUCGGAUGUUUUGCUUUCAAUAUCAUUAUCCGUAGGGAACGGACUGGCAUUGAAACAUGAAGAGAUAGCCAGGAAAUAUGGUAACAAUCAUGCAUAUAUAAUCAGCUAGAAUAUAGGACAUUUAUUCACUGCUGUCAUCCGUCGGUCAGAAGCUGCACGCCGUUCAUUGUGUAUGAUUGUGCCUUUUUUUCAAAGCCGGAUUUCAUUCUGUUGUCUAAAAUGAUGCAUGCUGGGAUUACCUGCGUUUUAGCGAGUCUACUUGUGGUGCUGGUAGCAGCCUCUGACUCGGAACCCGAUUGUGGAGGGAAGCCUGCUGACGUCUUUUUUGCACUCGAUUCUUCCGGAAGUCUCUCGAGUGAAGAUUUUGAAAAAGAACUAAGAUUUACACAAAAUGUGGCGUCGGUAUUUGACUUGGAUGAUGACAAAGUUAGAGUUGGCCUUAUAACGUUCAGUAAAACAGUGACACCUCAUUUUGGUCUCGGUGACUAUAAAAACCGAGGGGAUCUUUUCCGAAAGAUAUCAGACAUAACAUGGGAGGGUUACGGUACGAAUACAGGAGAAGCCCUAAACUACCUUCACACAAAGGGUUUUGCUGAGAAGAACACAAGACCAGGUAUUCCUCAUAUUGCUAUCAUCCUAACAGAUGGUAAUCGUCGACAGAUGUAUCAUAAUCACAAUAGAAACACUGCUUUACAUGAUGCAUGA